AUGCGAUCUCAGAAUAGAAACGUCCUAAUAUUUCUAGAUAAUGCUGCAUGUCACCCAAAGAUCGAACUAUCUAAUAAGAAAAUACUUAUGUUGCCCCCAAAUACCACAUCGAUCACCCAACCAAUGGAUCAAGGAGUGAUUUACACGUUCAAGUCCUACUAUCGUAAGUUUUUGCUACAAUCGUUAUUAUGUAAGAUUGAUAAUUGUUCUUCAGCUCAUCAGCUCGCUAAAUCAAUAAGUGUUUUGGAUGCAGUCAAUUGGAUAGCCCGGGUUCUUUCAAAUGAAGGAACCAAUACCAAUGGUAUAGAUUUACCAGAAAAUGCUUUGAACGAUAUUAAUGAGGAAUGCGUUAUAGCCAAUGUUGAUGUAGAAGAUUUUAUUACAUUUGACAGUAAAUUAGAGACGCACCAAACUUACGAUUCGGCGAUUUUUUUAGAAGAAGAAGAAAAAGAAGUAGAAAACGAUGAUAAUGAUGAUAGCGAGACCAAUGAUGAGCCAAAAAUAAAAGAUUUUAAAACUGCAAUCUCAUACUUAGAAGAAUUACAAAAGUUUUCAGCCACCAUUUCAAAUACAAAUCUAUUAGAACUUACAACAAAAGCCCGAGAAUGUGCUGAAAGUGCUGCUCUUAAACACAAAAAGCAAUCAAAUAUUAAAAACUAUUUUUCUUAA